GAAGACGGUGUCGCACUCAGAGAACUUCACCAAACUUUGCCUUUUGGACUCAAGGAUGUUGCAGUGUAUAUGCGUGUUGCUGCUGGCGGCCUCAGCUCUGAGCCACCUGGAUGAAGCCACUCUGGACACCCAGUGGGAAUCGUGGAAGAUCACACAGAGGAGAGAAUAUAAUGGCCUGGAUGAGGAGGGGAUUCGCAGGGCCAUCUGGGAGAAGAACGCGCGGAUGAUUGAAGCCCACAACCAGGAGGCAGCACUGGGCAUGCACUCCUACGAGCUGGGGAUGAACCACCUGGGUGACAUGACGUCAGAGGAAGUGUCCGAGAAGAUGACCGGCCUGCAGGUCCCCGUGAACAGGGAGCCCGGCUUCACCAUGGAGGUGGACCAAAGGGUGUCUAAGCUUCCCAAAACUCUUGACUACCGCAAGAUGGGCAUGGUGACUCCAGUGAAGAACCAGGGUUCCUGUGGCUCCUGUUGGGCCUUCAGUACGGCCGGGGCCCUCGAGGGCCAGCUGGCCAACAAGACGGGUAAGCUGGUGGACCUCAGUCCCCAGAACCUGGUGGACUGCGUCACAGAGAAUGACGGCUGCGGAGGAGGAUACAUGACCAACGCCUUCCAUUACGUGCAGGUCAAUGGAGGCAUUGACUCUGAGGAGGCCUACCCGUACGUCGGAGUGGACCAGCCUUGUCGCUACAAUUCAACAGGCAUGGCAGCCCAGUGCAAAGGCUACAAGGAGGUCCCAGUGGGUGACGAACACGCGCUGGCUGUCGCGCUGUUUAAGGCGGGUCCAGUCUCUGUGGGCAUCGACGCCACGCUGAGCACCUUCCAGUUCUACCAGAGAGGUGUUUACUACGACCGCAACUGUAACAAAGACGACAUCAAUCACGCCGUGCUGGCAGUGGGCUUCGGAGUGAACACCAAGGGGAAGAAAUUCUGGAUCGUCAAGAACAGCUGGGGCGAGGAAUGGGGCAAGAAGGGCUUCAUCAUGAUGGCACGUAACCGCGGCAACCUCUGCGGCAUCGCCAACCUCGCCAGCUACCCCGUCAUGUGAAGAGGAUGAAGGGGCUUUGCUUGGACUACUACGCAAAAUAAUACACUCGAAAAUGUACGCAGAGUUCAUUCCAGCAUGUCAGCAACCACUACAGACAAUAACAGAAGAUUUGUGUUUACGCAGGUUUUUCACACAGCAAACAUUACAGUACCAUACAAUGAACAGAAAUUCAACUUGGACUCUUUUGGAAUGAACUUCAUCCAGUGAUGAAAAAGGGCUAAAUGUUACGUGAAGACUUGGAUUCCAGUGUCCUUAAAAAAUGUCUGACGAGGACAUCUGGUUAUCUUGAGUUAUUUGAAGCACUUUGAACCCACUAAGACUUUUCAGUUUUAUCUUCAAACCAGCAGACCUCCACUGUAAACAGAUUCAGUACCUCCAAGGCAUGGUGUUAGUAACCACCAGAACACAGGUUGGUUUGGUGCCGAAGUGCCAAGUUAAAUCUACAAACCUACCGGGCAGUACAACCACUUCACAGUAAUUAGCCAGAAGUCGGCAACGGUUUCAGUCCCUUUAGCUUUAAUCACAGUUUGUGUGAGAACUAACAGAGUUUCUAUUCAUUGAGACAGGAAACAUUGCUGGGCGAUGAGAGUUCCUCCUGUCCUGUCGACGCAGAGACAGUUCUUUUAAAAUCGUAACAAGUUUUUCUCUUGAUUGACGUUUUGUUGUUGUUGUUGUUGUAUUCAGCACUUUUCUGAUGAUCAAACUGUAAACUGAUGUUUUCUAUGAAUAAAGGUUUCAUUUUGAAGUUAAA